UUCUAGCUGGAUGGUGGUGGAGUCUUUCUUGGAAAUACAUGACAGAUAUUAGCAAUCCUCACAUUCAUUUUCAAUUAAACAUCUCCGAAGAUGCCCCUUUUCUGUUGCUGUCGCAGCAAGCGAACAAAAAGUCCAGACCAUGAUGAAGACGCAAUCGAACUUCCAAUUCAUUUGCCUCAUGCGAAGCUAUCUAAGUCACAGCUCACUACAUCCGAGCUAGAACUACCACAAUCACAGAUCACGGUCACGAAGGCGCCGUCAAUUUCACACAACCAGAUACCAGAGGCCACUGUUGAUCCGGCUACACUUGAAGUGGAGGAUUCGGAUGACGAUGAACCGGCUCGCGGUGGCGGAAACUCCAGCACCGGCACGCUUGAUGUCAUCAGGACUAAAUUUAUUCGACCUCUAUCCCAGAAAUCCGAGUCGAGGAGGCACUCACAACAAUCUCUUGGUACGAGCGAAGAAGAAAUUGCGCGACGUGCUGAAUUGAAACGUCUGAUGCAUAAGAGAAUUCAGGAAGAGCUAAAGAGCGAGGAAGAACAGGAUGAACCCGAGGUGAAGGCGAGUCAUCCUGAAGAAUUGAAACCAGUCGGUCCCUCUCGUGUUGCGGUGUCUGGGAGCGGUCCUCGAGACAAUAUAGAAUUUUGCGUCUCCGAAGUGGGCGAUAUUGGUCCUAAAGACCUCAACCCCAGCUCUCAAGAUGCUGCUCUCCUCGGACUCCCGACUAGCGGUUCUCAAAGAAGUACUUCCAUUCGUCGAGGUAGUUGUCCUAAAACAUCGAGCCGAUCACACGAUAGUUCCGUUCAUGACAUUCACAAUACACUUAAAGAAAAGGCUUCCUUACCACAAUUCCCAUCCUCUCCACAGCUAGCCCCUGUCCGUUUACCAAGUACUCGAGGUUCGGAAUCACUCUACUCAUGGAGGCUUUCGUACAGCGCCGAGCAGCUCGCAAACUAUAUUGGAAUCUCAGACGAUCCGAUUCCUGACUUAAGUACUACACCCGCCGAACCAGAUGUACAGAAUCAGGAUAUCCUCAAGGGAAACGAUGAAGAGGACCGACUUAAGAGCAUAGCUUCAAACUACAAUGGGCCCAGAGAGAACCAGGAGUUACCGGACGACUUAUCCCGGAACAACCAUGGUCAGCAGCAAGAUUUAAUCGCGGAACACAUCCACGAUGAAAAUCUUGAUAGAAAUUCGCCAUUGGAUAUAUGGCUACGAAGUCAAGAGUUCCAAUCAGCUUCAAUCGUUUCAAGCAGACGAAAUAGUGACAUGCUUCUUCAGGUAGCCCCAGAGAAUUCUAACACUGCCGCCGGAUUAAAUCGAGCUGGAGAUGUCGACGUGACCGAGGAGUUAGUGCAUGGGAUUUCUCACAAUUUACCCCCGGAAGAACAGAAUUCUAUUAGAGAAUGGGUUCAUCCAAGCAGCCUUCAUGUGGAGACGGAAGUCAACGCAACCGGGCUACCUAACUCCGACCUACUGCAGUUCCAUAGCGACGGGGCUCCGGAUUCCAUGGAUCAUGCCCGAGAAACCUCAUCUUACUAUGCAUCCUCGCGAUAUACUACUAGGCCAAAUAGUCGCCAGGGCACAGCAAAGGAAUCGCGCCUAAGUUUUAUUGAACUCCUUGGAGGGAAGAAGGCCGUACCGCCAUUCCCCAACUUCAGUCGUAUCAUAUCACCUAGUCGUACGACAGAGGCUGGAAAAUCAGAUAUCAGCUCAUACAAGACGGCCCCUAAUAACAACUCGGUGUUGGAUUUAACAGGCCUAUGUGAAGUCCGACAGCCACGGCGUCCGGCGGCAGAGACAAAUUCAAUGGUAGUCUCAGAUACAGCAAGCUUUAGAGAGCGAGAAGAGGAACUUAAGUCGGUCGAAAAGAGAUUCACACAAGCCCAACCCCGUCGGGACGUAGCCACACCAAUUGUCAGCAAAUUCAAAGAGGAGUUUGAUAAGCCCAGGGCUUCGAUGAUCACCAAGACUUCCUUAUUUUCAAAGUUGCGUUUAACGAUGCCUAGAAGGCCAAAACUCCCGGUGAUGGAUACACGAGAAUCUAAUGCAGACGAGGUUGAGAGUACCGGUGGAGAAAAUAUGCAUGUUACGAUCAGUCAUCCCGAUCAACAAGGACAUGAACAGCAAGCAACAUCAUCUAACGUAGGAAGCUCUAUGAAAGGAUCUGCUAUAUUCCGUGAAGAUGCUCUCGAAGACCACCGCUUCCGGGAAUCCCCAGGAAGCAGUCGCGUCACAAACCAAGAUUCGAACAAGGUAUCAAAUCCAAAGCUUCAAAUUGAACAAGAUUCAACACUCAAACCACCAUCUCGUGGCGAUAAUAACAGCAGCCAUCCAUCAGAUAUAUCUAACAGCGUAUUAAGAGAAUGGGUAAACUUGAUAAACGAUCAAGAUUCCCAACCACAGGAAGAACAUAAGUUAGAACCCCGAAGCCAGACUCCUAAGAAGUUAAGGACGCCCCCUGCAUCUUGGGCAAAGUGGCCUUCACAUACACGUGCCGAGAGGACAGGACCGGCUGGCAAGGAUGACAAUGUGAUCCAGAAGGACUUCGCUGUUCGAGAAUCUAAUGAUAAUAACACCACCUGGUUGACAGACAAACUUGGCGCAUCGGCGAAGAAUAACAUUGGUCCUUCGUCUCGAACUCUACCAGCUCAAUUGGGUAGAGUUAUGAAAGAGGGUCUGAAUAGAGUUGUUCGCACUUCUUCGGACACAUUCCGUAGCCGAAAACCCAGGGAGUUGGAGUACCCGGAGCUCGAAAUCUUCCCUAUGGAGGGAGGUUACAAGGAGCUAGAGGCACUUGAGCGACAGAUUCAUAGGAUGAAACCUGAUUAUGAGGCUGCGCAGAGUCAAGCGGUUCGGGACAGUGCUAAGACGAGGACGAAAAGGCCACUGAGCGCGCGCCUUGCUGAGGAUGUUCAUAUGAUACAGCAUCGGGUAUUGGAUGAGCAGGGUGCUACUUCGGCCUUGCCGGCGGCUUCUAAAACGCCUACACGGCUAUUAUUAGCUCCCCAGGGGACGUCCGGAGCCGGCAGUCAAUCUGAAACUCGAGGAUCCCCCGUUAGCUACGAGGAUUGCGUUCCCACGCACAUGCUCGAGGAUGAGCCGUCGGUCGAUAGCGGUACUGCGAAUACGGAGGAAGGUCCGAAGGAAGGUCAUGAUACACAAGCGACUUAGUAUCAUAUAGUUGGGUCAAGUUUGGAUGGCAUGGCAUAACAAAGGCACGCUUGAAGCGUGACUUACACCGAGGUAUAUGGCCUCGUAUUCCAAGGAGUUACUUUAGAGCUAUCGACAAAGCAAUCAUAGCGAAUGAGGUUAAGAAGGUUAGAUUCAUGUUACACUAAUACAGCGUAAACUAUUGCCGAGAGGGAUGUAAUUAGUGCAUUGUUGACAUAUGCCGCUGAUGAGGAACAGAAUAGGCAUUGCUAUUGGCUGUACGAGGGUGGUAGGUGUAUAAUAGAAACGAGAUCCUAAUUUACCUUACCCGCAUCUCGAUCGCCUAUGUUGUUGUUCAAAUUCAGGUCGUACGAGCGUCGUGUUAUUCCCCGCCCUUACAGUAAUUGCUAUACUACAGUAGUAUAUUAUAACUGGAGCUUGGAAAGCUUGCUCCGUCGACAGAAACAAGAUUAUAUCCACUUAUGGUUAUGUUCCUGUCUGAAAAGGGG